GAGCGCAGCCGGAGCCUUCCUGCAACAGACGCCAUUCUGAAAUCUCCAAGAGGCAUGCCGGUGCCAGCAGCUUUGCUGACUUCCUUCCACCUUCCAAAUUCCCAAAGAACUCGUGGUGAUCGUUUAGCAUGUGUCUGCAACUAGCCCCCUCCUAGUUGUAGAGCAAAAUCCCACGGUUUGUUGGUUGCAACCUUGGCCGCCUCCGGCCUCUCCUUCCCGCGACGCGAGUGAUCGUGUCCUUGUCACUCGCAAGCCAUGAAGGCCGUGACCUCGCUCGGCGAGCCUGGCCUCCUCCCCGCCGCCUCGCGCCGGCGCAUCCGCCGCCGACUGGCCGCUGCGGUGGUGCUCGCGCCGCUGCUCGUCUUCCUGGCCGCCGAGCUCUCCUUCGCUUCCCAGCCCCGCCUCGCGCCCGGCCGUAACGCCGCCGCCACUUCUUCUUCUUCUCCCUCCUCCUUCUCUUCCCCUCCGCCGCCAAGUCGAGACGGGCAGGAGCAGCAGCAGCGGGCGGCGGUGUGCCUGGUGGGCGGCGCGCGGCGGUUCGAACUGACGGGCCCCUCCAUCGCGCGCCACGUCCUGGCGCCGCUCCUCCUGGCCGGCGCGCCCGCCGCCGACGUGUUCCUGCACAGCCCGCUCGACGCCGACGCCUGGAAGCUCUCCGUCCUGGCCCGCGCCGCGCCGCCGGGGGCCUCGCUGGCCACCGUGCGCGUGUUCCGGCCGCGGCGCAUCGCCGUGACCCCGGCGCGGGCGCGCGCGCUCACCGCGGAGCACUCGCCCAGAGGCAUCCAGGGCCUGCUGCAAUACUUCCAUCUGGUGGAGGGAUGCCUGGAGCUGAUCCGGGAGCGCGAGUCCCGGGGCAACUUCACCUACGCCUGGGUGCUCCGCACGCGCGUCGACGGCUUCUGGUCGGCGCCGCUGGACCCGGAGGGCACCUUCCACCCGGCGGCCUACGUCGUGCCGGAGGGCUCCCGCUUCGGUGGCCUCAACGACCGCCUGGGCGCCGGGGCCCGCGAGGCGUCGGGCGCCGCGCUCGCCCGCCUCUCCGCGCUGCCGCGCCUCGCCGCGGCGGGGUACCGGGACCUCAACUCCGAGUCCGCGUUCCGCGCGCAGCUCCGCGCCGCGGGCGUGCCGGCGCGGGAGCGCCGCCUCCCGUUCUGCGUGCUCAGCGACCGGACCUACGCGUUUCCGCCGUGGGCCAGGUCCGCGGUGCCCGUGGCCUCGCUGGGGUCGCCGGGCCCGCUCAGCGGGGCCAAGUGCCGGCCCUGCCGCCCCGCCUGCCGCGACGCGUGCGUGGCGCGGCACGUCGCCAGGCUCCACCGCUGGUGGAGCUGGACCGAGUGGCGGAACGGGACGCUGGAGCUCUGCGACGCCAGCGGGCCGUGGGAGCAAGGGUGGGAGGCGCUGUUCGACGAGGUCGCCGGCGCCGAGGCUGCCGCGGUGCGGCGAGGCGUGGCGCGGAUGGGCGCGGCCGAGUGCGUCGCGGAGGUGGAGGCGCUCCGGGCGCGCGCGGAGCGGUGGGACGCUCCUAGCCCCGCCGAGAUAUGUCGCCUCCGGUUUGGAGUCCGGUCGCGGCCGACGGAGCGCCCCGGCAAUUCUUCGGCAGGCGGUGACACUGACACUACUGUUACCAUCACCGAACGCUGAACAACCCGAGUUCUUUCUUAUUAGAAAGAGAAGAAAAUUGGGAUACGGAUACAACCUUCUAAUCUUCAUUUGUUUUUUUUUCAAAGACCGAAAUCUUCUUUUGUACAAAAUUGUUGUAGUCUUAAAGUUUAAAGAUAAGAAAUGAACACAUGUAUAAAAUCCAGUGGCGUCCAUCAUCA